CCCAUAUGCAUUGUUUCCCAUCCCUCACCCAAAGCAAGAAUACGCAAAAUACUACACAGCAAGAGAAAGAACCUCAAAUAUGAUGAAAGUUGUAAUUGUGGCCAUUUUGGCUUUGGCAACUACCCUUGUUUCAGCUUAUGACCCUAGUCCUUUGCAAGACUUUUGUGUAGCAACUAACAACACCGAUUCUGCUGUUUUUGUGAAUGGAAAAUUUUGCAAGGAACCAACGCUUGUCACAGCCAAUGAUUUUUUCUUCUCUGGACUCAAUAUUCCUGGAAACACAGCUGCAAAUAAAGUCGGAUCAAAUGUCACUCUUGUGAACGUCGAUAAAUUACCAGGUCUCAACACUCUAGGCAUAUCUUUGGCUCGCCUUGACUUUGCUCCAUAUGGCUUGAAUCCUCCUCACACUCACCCUCGCGGCACUGAGCUUUUGGUUGUCAUAGAGGGUACUCUCUUAGUUGGAUUUGUCACCUCCAACCCAAACAAACUCUUCACCAAAGUUCUUAAUGUGGGCGAUGUCUUUGUAUUCCCAAUUGGUCUCAUUCACUUCCAAUUCAACAUAGGGCAGACUAAUGCUGUUGCCUUUGCUGGUCUCAGUAGCCAAAAUCCUGGAGUGAUCACCAUAGCAAAUGCUGUCUUUGGAUCUAAUCCUCCAAUUAAUCCUGAUGUUCUCACCAAGGCCUUCCAGUUAGACAAGAAUGUAGUUGAAUAUCUUCAAAAACAAUUCUAGUCAAACCACAAAUAGGAAAAAUAUGUGUAAAUUGGGAUGGUGAACCACUAAAUUGUUUGAAUAAAGUUUGUUUGGUUUCCCUCACUGUAACACCACAAAGAUAAUUACUAUCAAAUAAAAUGGUUUCUUAUGAUUGUUUUUUU